AGAUCGACGAGCAGGCACCGCGUAAAACAAACGUGCCAGGAGCACGCACGCCGGAAACAACAUGGGCACCAGGUGAAGCUUUGCCCCCCCGCCCGUCUGGGCUGCCCAUGCCGCUCAUGGCCUUUUUCUAUUGCCCGAUGCGCCUGGCACCUGGCUAACAACGACCCUCUUGUCAUCACGAUCGCCCCUGUGCACACCGACUCGAGAUCAACUCCCUUUUUCAGUCGACCGCCUGCCUUUCCGGACUGCUGGUGCAUUGUUACCUACCGUGCUUGCGACUACGGCGGGGUAAAUCAAUCAAGACGCCACCUCUCUCCACUCUUCGACCAAAGCAACCACACAACACGCGCCGUGUGAGCCUCCACUAGCCACAAUGGCCCUCGACUCAACCGCAGUACCUGGAGCCUCGCCCACGAGCAAUCCGUCAAACACACAACCAGCUUCGGGCUCGCUCUCCCGCCAGACGUCCACCCCAGCUUCUCGACGAGCCUCCCAGAUAUCCCCCAUGGGACCUCCACCGCUCCCUCUAGCAUCCCCAGGAGGCACCGUCCCAGCAGCAGCAUCCGCGCACCCACACACCCACGCCUUUCCACCCCUCAGCCCAGGGUCAGCCAGCUACAUGCACCCCAACCCCGCCGCUGACGAUGCCUCGAGCGUCCCCAUGCGCCACCCACGCCCCAUGACGGCCGCCGAACUGCACCUCGAACUCGAAAAAGAGCAAGAAGCAGUCGUCAACCGCCUCACACGCGAGCUCUCCGCCCUCCGCGCACAUUCUGCCUCGGUCGCCUCAACCGCCUCUCUAUCCAGCAGCGCCGCCGACUCGUCCAUCGCACACGUCGACGGCCUCGUCACACCAGGCUCCAUGCACCCCACGUCGUCGCGCCGCCACCGCAGCUCUUCGAGCGUGUCGCGCGGCGCAAACCAUGCCGCGCCGCACCGCUACUCUGUUUCGUCGCAGCAGACGGGCGGCGGUACCUCGCGGUAUGAGGAGGUUGCGGCGCAGAAAGCCGAGUUGGAGGAGGUCAAGAGGGAGAAUGAGGGGUUGAAGGAGAGAAUUAGGGAGUUGGAGAGUGGGUGGGUGGGGGGAUAUGCGCUGCGCGGGCGCGGGAAGGAUGAUCUACGCAUGCAUGUGCAUGCAUCUUUUUACUUGCUUUGCCAGAUGCAGUGA